ACCCGAGUUGGCAGCACUGGUCGGCGGGUCAAACAAAAGUUCACAAAUAAAUUGUUGGUUUCGUGAUAAGCCGGGCGAGAUUCGACUUUCGUCCCGAGAGCCGGGCAUUAAACGUAACGCGUGUGUUUUGAGUCCGCUCACUUGUCACCGAUACACCCCCGGGAUUGGAUCGUACAUUCACUUGACCGGCACUCAGACGCCUCCGUCACUCACUUGUUUUUGACUGGAAAAGCAUGGUUUUCAUCACGAAAUUGGCACGGAUCGGGUUCCAGGCGGCUCGUCAGCUGCAUGCCACGCCCCUCGCCACCGUCCAGGGGCGCAGCUUCCACCUGACCAGCCUGUUGGCCGCGGAACGCCGCUACACAAACAACCAUGAGUGGGUGGAGCUGGUAUCUGGGAACAAGGCCGUCGUGGGCAUCUCCAGCUACGCUCAGGAGUCGCUGGGCGACGUGGUCUUCGCCCAGCUACCGGAACCAAACACCGAGCUGAAGCAGAACGACGAGUGCGGAGCCCUGGAGAGCGUGAAGGCAGCCAGUGAGGUUUACUCGCCGGUCAGCGGCAAGGUGACGGAAAAGAAUGCCCAGGUGGAGGAUACGCCGGCCCUGGUCAACAGCAGCUGUUAUGAAAAAGGUUGGCUCUUCAAGGUUGACCUGAAGAAUCCCCAGGAGCUAGAUACCCUUAUGACCGAGGAACAGUACAAAGACUUUGUGAAAGGCAGUGCCGAUCACUAGACCAAGCCAGCAGCCAGCCAGCGAUCAGCGACCAGAGACCCAGCAUUUGUUAUCUCCGCACAAUCACUCAAAAACACACACCAAAACUCAUCGCCAUCCCACACGUUGUUGUAGCUCUGACAUUUGUUACGAAUAAGAAUCGACAGUAAAGCCAAAUAUUAUAUUUAAA